AUGCGCUCGACCGCAUUUACCGCCAGCUUGCUGGCUACAGCCACAUUCAUUUCAUCAACGAUUGCUUCACCACUUCUCACAAACCCAGUCACUCAUGCCAAGAGAGCGAGCGACCUGGGACUUGCAGUAUACUGGGGCCAAGGACCAUCCCAAAAGAGGUUGUCAUACUUCUGCCAGACUUCCACCAUUGAUAUUAUUCCUAUCGGCUUCGUCAACGUCUUCCCCGAUGAUUCUGGCAGUAAUGGAUAUCCUGGAACGAACUAUGGAAACGCUUGCAGUGCCAAUUAUUGGAUCGCCCCAGAUGGUGCCUUCACGCAGAUGUUCACUACAUGCGACGAGAUCGCCGAAGAUGUACAAACAUGCCAGGAUCUCGGCAUCAAGAUUCUCGUAUCGUUAGGAGGAGCUUCCGAUGUCACUCUCAACUCUUCGACUUCGGCUGUGGACUUUGCUGAUUUCCUGUGGGGCGCCUAUGGACCAGAGCAAGACACCACUGAAACGGCGUAUCCCCGACCCUUUGGAAGUACCAUUGUCGACGGUUUCGAUCUGGAUAUCGAAUCUGGCAGUGACACCUACUACGCUGACCUGGUGACCGAACUCAGAGUCAAAUUCGCGACAUACACAGACAAGAGCUUUUACAUCUCGGGGGCACCACAAUGUGUUGUUCCCGACGCCCACCUGGAUAGCGCCAUUCAGAACUCGUAUUUUGACUAUGUGUUCGUGCAAUACUACAACACCGAGAGUUGCUCAGCAGCUGCCUUAUUCAACGAUGGCACCUUGGACACCAGCAGCGAUCCCUCAUGGGGAUGGAUCGAUUGGCUUCAGACAAACUCUUACAAUCCAGACGUCAAGCUAUACGUUGGUCUUCCUGCAUCGACUUCUGCUUACAGUGGUUCCGAAGAUUACUAUCUGGACCUCGAUACAGCCACACAGCUCCUCACCGAGUACGCUUGUAACAGUGCGUAUUCGUCAACCUUUGGCGGUGUCAUGAUUUGGGAGGCAACGUACUCCGAGAACAACCAGAUAGAUGGGGAAAGCUAUGCUGCAAACAUCAAGGAUAUCCUCGGCGAUAUCACUUGCAGUACAACUAGCACUAGCACUGGCACCACGUCGACCACCACAACAAGCACUACCACUACGACCACUUCGACGACCACUACUACCACAACCACUUCGUCCACGACAACGACGAGCACAAGCACAACCACUGUGGCGCCUUCAACAACAACCAGCAGCACUACGACUAGCAGCACAACCACAAGCAGCUCGACCACCACUCCAACCACGACUACCAGCUCAACAUCGACAACGACCUCGAGCUCGACCACGUCAACCACUUCACCAUCGACAACCACCACCACCAGCAGCUCUACGACAAGCACUACCAGCAGCAGCAGUGUCGCACCAGUCAGCGCGACCGCCAGUUCUAGCACCACCAGCACAAGUACCACAACUAGCCCCACGACAAGCACUACCACCAGCACCGCUGUCGAAUCUGACAGCGCUACCACGAGCUCUAGCACCACGACUACCACCUCAUCUACCUCAACAGCCACCGAGGUUGCGGCUGGCCAAACUCUAAUUGUUGUCGUCAAUAUGGAUAACACCAAGAAGAAUAAGCGUGACACCUACUACCUUGGCAUCAACGACGAUAGUAUCGCUGUGUUGGGUAGCCAGGCUGAUGCCGCUACUCUCAUUACUGGCGACGAUGGUACUAUACUCUAUGGCGCUGAGUACCUCGGCUCUAACCCUGUUUCUGACUCCGACGCUGCAUUCCUUGAGGUCUUCGCCACCGAACCAGCCGACGACCUUUGGUUAAUGGACUCAUCUGGUGCGCUUACCCUCGCUGAGCGCCAGUUCUGUGUCCUGUCUUCCUUGGAGAUCGAGACCGUUGACGCCGCUGGCGACAACUGUGAUGGUACUAUCGUGACCUUCACUGCCGUGGCUGCCACUAGCACUUCCACCACUUCCACCAGCACCAGCACCACCUCCACCAGCACUAGCACCAGCAGCACUAGCACUACUACCAGCUCUACAACGACGUCCACUACGUCCACGACGACGACGACGGCAAGUUCCUCUGUUGGACCCGUCAGUGCUUCAACCGCGUCCAGCUCCAUCUACUGGAACACAACAUCCACCAGCUCAAGCACUACGACCACUCCCGCUAGCUUCUCUGUUGGUCCUAUCAGCGGCUCCGUAACGUCAAGCACCACCACCACCACCGGCAACGCAGUCGACGAUGUCAGUGCUUCAACCACAACCAGCGAGUGGUCAUGGGCCACCACAAGCAGCACGAUGACAACCACCUCCGGCGCCGCCGUCGGCCCGAUAAGCUAUUCGGUCUCCACCUCAAUUUGGACGACGGUCAUCAGCGACGAAUACACACUCACAUGGGACGACUGGACAACCACCAGCACAGCAGCGAUCGUCGACCCAACGGCAACGUCAAGCGCAGACUGGAACGACUGGACCGCGACUAGCUCAUCAGCAAUUGUCGACCCAACGGCAACGUCAAGCGCCGACUGGAACGACUGGACCUCAACCAGCUCAUCAGCAAUCGUCGACCCAACGGUAACGUCAAGCGCCAACUGGGCUGACUGGAGCUCUGUAGUCGUCGACCCAGUUUCGGUCACGGUUACGGACUACACCACGACAGUCUGGGUGACAUCCUACAUCGACGUCUGCCCAACAGGCUUCACAACGCUCACGUACACUCUGACGACCACCGUUCCUGUCGCACCCGCCUCCGCGACGACCACGUCAUUCGUCUGGCCUACCACCUCAGGUGGCGUCCCAGAGGGCUUCACAACAGCAGUCACGACCUGCACUGCCGGUUGCGCUGAGUCCUGGACGGUAGUCACCGUGACGAUUCCCAUCGCUACGACCACUGCGCUGAUCACUGAGACUAUUGUGCCUGUUGGUACAUCAAGUUCCAGCGGCAGCUCAGUAUCAGCCACCGAGACGGUGACAGGAGCAGGAUCCAUCGUAUCAGCAGCUAGUUCCGCCUCGAUCAUCGUGCAGGCCGUACAAGCGUCCUCGGCGGCCUCGUCAGCCUCAGCAGCAGUCGAGACUCUAUCUCUCUCCUCGAUCAUCGUUUCUCCCGCCGAGACCUCCGCCGCGCAAAGCGGUUGGCUAGGUGUGGCAGCGACGACGGCGACGUCUGCGUCUUCGUCUUCAAAGUCAACCUCAACGUCCGUCGCCGCCGUUGGCACGUACACUGGCGCCGCGGCAAAACUGCCCGCCGGCACCUCGCUGAGCGUGGCAGCCUGCCUGGCAGGUAUUGUCGGACUUUUGUUCUAGAUUUGAAGUUUGAUACCCUGUGUCUUUUAAGUCUGGGACGGAAAAGUGAGGACGUGAGAAGUCAAGAGACUUGCGCAUAGCGUGGUAAUGACUGGGAUUUUUGGACAUAUGUGAUUGUUCAUCUUGCAUAUUUGGGAGCCAUUUCUUCUUAACUUUGAGUUUUUAUAUAUCAUGAGUAUCUACAGUAGCGCAUUUGCGAAGAAUACUGAGUACAUUAUAUCAUAUCAUAUCUUUUGUAACGGCUAAAUUCCAAG